UUUCAACCUGAGUUAAGCCGCCACCAUUGAAAAAAAAAAAAAAAAACAGAUGCUAGCUAUCAGCCAGAGAAAAGAACUAUAUAGCAGAAGAAGAAGAAGAAGAAGAACUAUAUAGCAGAAGAAGACAUGAGCGACCUAAGGCAGAGAAGGGUCCGAACCAACGGAAUAUGGAUGAACAUAGCAGAGAAAGGGAGGGGGCCACUGGUUCUUCUCAUCCAUGGCUUUCCUCAACUUUGGUUCUCCUGGAAUUACCAGAUUAACCAAUUGGCUAGACAUGGCUAUCGUGUGGUUGCACCAGAUAUGCGAGGGUAUGGAGAUACGGAUUCUCCAUCUGAUCCUGCUUCAUACACAACGCUCCACCUUGUGGGCGACCUCAUCGGCCUGCUGGACGAGCUUGGCGAAGAACGGGCUUUUGUGGUUGGACAUGAUUGGGGUGCUCAGGUAGCGUGGUACCUAUGUCUCUUCAGGCCAGAUAGAGUUAAAGCAGUGGUCAGCUUGGGCCUCGCUUUCCGGCCACCCUCCCCUACAGAGAAGCCAGUACAGAAGAUGACCAGACUGUAUGGCCAAGGCUACUUCAUUUGUCAAUUCCAAGAGCCAGGGAGAGCAGAAAAGGCCUUUGCCCGUUAUGACUGUUUUACUGUUAUGAAGAGAUUUCUCCUGGUCGGCGCACCUGAUCUUCUGAGUGCUCCUCCCGAUGUUGAGAUUAUUGAUUUUCUGAACACUCCAGCGUCGCUCCCAGCAUGGAUUACUGAGGAAGAGCUCCAAUUUUCUGCUACCAAGUUCCGCAAGUCUGGAUUUACCGGCCCUUUGAACUACUUCCGAGCAAUGGACAAGAGCUGGGAGCUUCUUGCUCCUUGGCGAGGGGCGAAGAUCAAAGUCCCGGCAAAGGUGAUAAUUGGGGACAAGGAUAUCGGAUUUAACACACUCGGUAUGAAGGAGUAUGUGGAGGGAGGAGAAUUCAAAGCUUUGGUACCAAACGUUGAAGUUGUUAUCAUUGAUGGCCACCAUUAUAUCCAACAAGAGAAAGCUGAAGAAGUCACUCAUGAAAUCCUCUCCUUUUUCAGCAAUCCACAUUUCAUGUAGUAUGUUUUUCUCUGUAUUAUUUUCUUUGUUCAUGGUCAUAGCCAAUAUUGAUGAAUUGACUUUUACCGAGAUGCAUACUGCUGUUGUACUUACUACCGAAGCAGUGGGACUGGGAAACCCUGAAAAUCUGUUGUUACCAUUUGCCAUUAAUUGGGUACAAACCCUAUCAAAACAAAGAGCAGAGAAAAAAGGAACCCUAUAUGUUCAUUGA